GAAUUGAAAGGGCAAAACAUUCAAAUUCGAAGAACAAAAUUAAAUAUUUAGACAAAAGAAAUCGAAAUGAAGAAAAGUAAUGGGCAUUUACUCGCCGAGAAGCCGUGGCUCCCAUUCGGCAUCCUCAUCCUGGCUUCAGUCACCUGUGCGCUGCUCCUCAUCGCCGUCGGCCGGACGUUAUCUUCGAGUGCCCCGUUGUUGUGCUCCCUCAAUGCCGCCUAUGCCAGCUCCGAGGCUGCUGCCAUCUCGGCAGAUUACGCCACCACGCCCACCCAGCUCCUCGCCAUCUUCCAUUACGCCACGUCGCGCCAGAUCCCGCAGCAGUCGCCCAUGGAGAUCCGCGUGGCAUUCGACAUCCUUAAGGAACUGGCGCCCUGUAACCUCCUUGUCUUUGGGCUAGGGCACGACUCUCUCAUGUGGGCUGCCCUCAAUGCGCGUGGAACCACCUUGUUCCUCGAAGAAGAUCCCGCCUGGCUCCACGCAACCCUCCGCAAUGCCCCUGUCCUCCGCGCCCAUUUCGUCGCUUACCGCACUCGUCUCUCUCAGGCUGACGAACUCCGCUCCUACUACAAAUUCGAUCCUCAUUGCUUACCUCCGAACAUACGCCUUAAAGGUAAUAAGCAAUGCAAGUUAGCAUUAAGCGAGCUGCCGGAGGAGGUGUACGAGAAGGACUGGGAUAUAAUAAUGAUAGAUGGGCCAAAAGGGUUCUAUCCGGAGGCGCCAGGGAGGAUGGGGCCGAUAUAUUCAGCGGCGGUGAUGGCACAGCGGAGAAAGAAUUGGGGGGUGACGCAUGUGUUCUUACACGACGUGGAGAGGAAGGUGGAGAAGGAGUAUGCGGCGGAGUUUUUAUGUAGAAAGUAUUUGGUGAAAUCCGUGGGGAGGCUUUGGCAUUUUGCAAUUCCACCUGCUCCUAAUGUAACCGAUGCCACUGCUGCUGCUUACAAUUCCACUUUUUGUUAAGAGUAUAAGAUCCAAUUAAUGUUUUCUUAUUUUAUUUUAUAAUUUUAUCUGUUCUCCACCUUUGGAUAAAGCUGUUAUUCAUUU